AUGUCUGAGAACACCACAGCCCCUUCUGAUAACAUAACCAAUGAACAGAGACUUCCGUCUGGACCCAAAGAUGACGUAGAUACGUUAGCACUUACCAGUGCUCAAAAUCAAGCUAAUAGUUUGAGGAAGCUAGAUACAGAUGCGAACGCUAAAGCUUUGCCAUCCAUCACAGACAUACCAGUCAGUGAUGAUUCUGAUAUAAAACGACAAGUUGGCUCUGGUUUUGGUUCAAAUCCGCUUCAUAUAAAAGAUUCCGAGGCCUUUCCACAUUCAUCUAUUGAAGCCCUAAAAGAGGGUAUGGACAAAGUCACAAAACAAUGCAACGAUUUGAAGACGGCUUUGCUUUCCAAAGACACUUCCCUCACUGAUUCUGUGCAGGAUUUGUUUAACUCAUUAAAAGUUUUAUCACACAACCAAUCAGUUUUGGAAAAUAAGCUGGAUGAUGUCAUGAAGAAUCAAGUAAAUACUGACAUAUUGGUCAAUAAUUUGAAUGAACGAUUGAACAAAUUAUCGACAAUGUUGCAAAAUACUUCGAAAGUAAAUCACUCUAACCUUCUCAUAGAAAAUUCAUCCAACAAUACCAGUUCACAGCAUAAUACCUCUUCUUCUCGAAGGGGACCUGGCAGGCCAAGAAAAGAUGCCUCGACCUCCACAAUGAAUAAGUUAGUGUCAAACGCAGCCUCGGUCAAUCUCAAAAGUGCAUCCAAUCAGGGUGCUCCUUUCUCACCAGUAAAUAUUACUUUACCGACUGCCGUAGUACAAACGUCUAAAUCCAAAAGGUAUUUUGUGGAACCAUCAACGAAACAAGAGUCGCUUUUAUUAUCUGCCCCUUCAUCAUCAAGAGAUGAUGCUGAUAUGUCCUUGACUUCCGUACCGCAAAGAACGAACAAUGAAAAUGGUAAAGAGCGACCAUCCACUGCUAAUUCUAGCUCCAUCACACCAACACCUGUUACGCCGAACAACUUAAUUCAAAUCAAAAGAAAAAGAGGCAGGCCCCCAAAAAAGAGAACAGUGGAAACAAUGAUAUCCAAUUCCACGGAUACGAUAGAUAAGUCAGAUGCAUCUAAUCGGAUUAAAAACGAGAUUCCAAUAAAUUCCUUGCUUCCAUCUUCCAAAUUUCAUCAAAUACCAUCAUCUCCAUCCAAUCCUGUGUCACAACCGGCUCCGGUUCGGACUUCAAGGUCAGCCACACAAGAAAUAGACAUUAAAAGUUUAGAACUGGCCUCUCUAAUUUCAACUAAUGGUGAUCCAAACGCAGAGGAUUCGAAUACUACUGAUACUGUUCAUAAUAACGUGGAAGGAAAGGUAAAUGUUGAAGAAAAUAAAACCGAGAAGGAGAAAAUAAUAACCAUCAAAUCAUCCAGCGAAAAUAGUGGUAAUAAUACGACCAAUAAUAAUAAUACUGACAACGUCAUUAAAUUUUCAGCUAAUUCAGAUAUCAAUAGUGAUAUUCGCCGAUUAAUGGUUAACGAUCAGUUUUCAUUAAGUUAUGACGCCAGCGGUAAUAUUACGGUCAAAUUACCACCCGUUUCCUCUCCAGCAGCAGCAACAGCUGCCGCUGCUGCGGCGGUUACGUCAGAGAUGAAUAGACAACAAAGAGAAUUAGAUAAAAGACGUGAUUCAAGGGAGAAAAUGCUUGUUAAUAUGAAAUAUAACGAUCGCGAUAAAGCAAAGUCAUUUAUGGAGUCUAAUAAGAAACUCUUAAAAGCAAUGAAAGAAGAAGAGAGGAGGAAAAGAAUGACUUCGAUAAUACAUGAUAAUCACUUGAACUUAAAUUUGAAUGAGAUCUCCACCCGUUCAAAGAUAAAAAGUGCAGAAAAACCAACAACUAAAGGUUCUUCAAUGUCGCCAAAACCAAGAUCGGCCUCCAUCAGCGGCAUUUCAGACCACCAACAGGAAGGAUAUCAACCAUUAGAGCAAGAAAAACUCGUCGAUAUUGACAAUGAGGGCUCAAACGCAAACAGCGACUCUCUCAAGAUGGGUCUAACCAUAUCCGCUGCCGAUACGGUUCACAAAGUUGGAAUACAGUCCAUGCUAAAUUCUGGGGAAGAGGCAAUUACCAAGGAGAAUGCAGAAUAUGAAAGAAAGACCCCGGGAGAUGAAGAAACUACCACGUUCGUUCCAUUAGAAAACUCACAACCUUCGGACACGAUAAGGAAAAGAACAGCAGGCGAUGACGGUGCAUUGGAUCAAACAGAGAAUACGAGCAUAUCACCAAAGAAGAGACGCACAGAAGAUCAUACAAAAGGUGAAGAAGAUGAGGGAGAAAGGGGUGUUGGUAAUAGCGGAACGCUGGCCACCGUGGAGAAUGUCUCAGGAGACAUCUCCGCAGAUUUAUCCAAAGGUACUUCAUCUAUCCAUAACGAUACUGAGUCUGCUAACGAUAGUAGCAAUGGCAACGGAAACCUCGGUUUGGGUACAGAGUCACGCAAUACAUUGUUAACGGCAACUCCCAUUGAAUUAAUCUGCCGGGAAGGCUUCUUCUACCGGAGAGAUAUUCCGGACGUUCCCAUUACCACAGGAGCGUACCUGGAAUUUAAAUUCAAGGCGAAAGAAGAGGAAUUGAUCAACUCUAGCAUCAAUGAGGAGGAUUAUGCUGCUAAAUCAAAGCAUGAAAAAAUGAAUGCGCAUUUCUUCAAGCCUGAUAUUCAAGAAGAGACGGAACUUGCCUUUGAAAUUUUGAGCAAGACAACGCUGACAGAGAAAUACGUUAACAGUUUGGAGUACUUCUUGAUGGAAUUCAGGUGGGAGAAUAAACUAGUUGGUCUAGGCUUAAAACUUCGGGAAUCCAAAAGAACCUGGCAAAGGAGAAAGGCGUUAUUUGCCCUUUUCGAAUUUUGGAGAGACCAAUCAAGAGACAAAAGAAGAUUCCACAACUACACCAUCCUGCAUGCGGUGAAAGAGAUGGAAAACUACAGAAUAUUUAUUAAUCGAUCCGUUUCAUGGUUCUACAACCAUAUUACCCUGCUAAAAAUGAUCCUCUACGACCUCUGCGACAAUGUGACCACUCAAUGGAGAGAGUGGAUGUUUCCCCAUAACGAAACACUGCCGGCAUUGGGUCAGGACGGCAUUAACGAAGACAAUCUGAAUGAAACCAUCGACAACAUGUUAAUUUUUGACUUCCUUGAUGACGGUUCAGAAAACAACCAGGUCAAAUAUUCCAGAAUCAUACCGCCAGAUAUCCGUUAA